AAAUUCUGCUCCUUUCGAUAUCCCCCUGUGUAUUAAAUUAUCGGCUCAUUUGACGUCAUAAGGCGCAAGCGCAGUAUGGCGCUUUUUGACAAUUGAUUGAGUACAAAGUCACGCCUCCCGUUCCCCGCUUCCAAAAAACUAGACAUCCCGCUGAUUCCCAUGCGAGUUUUAGGGUUGCAUUGACAAACAACCACUAAUCUGCCCUCUGGCAGAGCAAGAACGUAAAUUCUACACCGCUAUUCACGUCUGGAGUGAAAAGGGACGCCUGACCUUUCAACGUGGGUUCGCAAGAGUUUCAGUGAAACGAAAGAUGUCGCUUAGCGAAGUAAUGCUGAAAACGCUCAUUCCAAGUAACUUCUUGGAUUCGGAUGAUGAGGAGAUAAAGUCGUUAACUUGUCCUCCAGAGACAGACGAUUUGCAAAGGAACGAAUUUCACAUGUUCAAUGACUACUUUGGGCUGAGCAACUUGGUGCAAAGAGUGAGACAAGCGAACGGUAGUGAUUUCGACUAUUUAACGGGUGAAAAUUUUGGAGUCAGCAAAUUGCCGCCAAGACGUGACCGAUUUGACAGCAUCGAUUCCGAAAAUUCAUCAUCUGGUAGCUGUGAUUCUUUCACUGAUCAUUUUGGAGAUGGGCCUUUCCAGCCAUUCAACUCUUCAUCGCUCUUGCACAGUGCAUCUUCCAAGCGAAAAGAAGCAGUUUUGCCGCCAAGCCGACGGAUUAAACCGUCUGCGAGAGCUCCUGCUCCGGUCUCGAAUCGGCAAAACGUGUGCGUGUUUUGCAGAAACAAUGGGGAAAGCGAGGAGGUCUUCUCUUCCCAUCAACUAAAGGGUCCCGAUGGAAAGACGACAUGUCCAAUUCUGAGAGCAUAUACUUGUCCUAUCUGCAAAGCAAGCGGCGAUGAGUCACACACCAUCAAGUAUUGUCCGCAAAACCAGCAAGCGCAAGGCAAUGGCGGUCAAUUGCCAAAGGUGCCCAGGAAUCGUGUUCUUCCCAAACGGAGUCGCUGAACUUUCAUCGCAGAUUCUAAAGUAAGACUUAGUGUGAAAUCAUUAUGUAAAGAUUUUAAGGGUAAAUUCAGAGUUUAUAUGCCGAUUUUAAAUUUAUAUUCGGGUUGUUGUGUUAUUUGUUUACCACAUGAUCUCUUACUAUUUCCAAGACAGCGUGCAGCGGCGCAACGAUCGCAGUGAGCUAAAUUAUUAUUGCAUUUAUAUAAGAAAAACCCACAAAUGGCGGUGCAGAUUGCCGCUAUUCGUAUUAUUAAGGCCACUUUCAUUCAAGGCAUGUUAGUACAGUGUUGUUAGUAUUCAUUUUCUUUCGCUUUCGAACCUAAACGUUCUACGUUAGCUAGACUUCGAUGUUUUGUUAGGUUAUUAAUUUGCAGCGAUCUGCAUUCACAACGGAAAUUUCAGGAAGAUUGUUGUUAAAAUUGAGUAUUUAGUUCCCAACAAGAGAUGUUGUGUAAAUGUUGCGAAAAUUACAAUAUUUUACCCCAAAGUGGUUGGACUUCCUAGUUAGAGGUUAACUUAUCGAAUAUGUAUCUAUGUAAAAUUUUCGAAUUGUAGCAGAAUACAAUAUUGAAUUUUCACCCUCUAAGUGUAAAGUAUUUUAAUAUGAAAGUGUUGAUUAAGAAUUUCGUCCAGAAACGGAGAGAUUAUGAUUAAUAAUGUGUUUUAUAAUUCCCAAUUCUUCUCUAAGGGAGGUUUUUCAAUAAUUUGUCGAUAUUUACGAUGUAGAAAUUUACUACUUUGAAAGUAGGUUAAUGCUACCUGGUUGUAGAGGUGGAUUUUUGAAUGAAUUUUAUUGUAAUUUUAACAGCUGUGUUCUAAAUACUGGCUGCAAAUGAUGUGAAAAAAAUCAAGGUUUAUGAGAAAGUUUUUUAAUAUUAAAACUGACAUGCUUUAUUCUAAACGUCAGGAAGUUUUGAGUACGAUUUGUAUUUAUACAUUAAGCUAAUUCUAAUAUCAGAGGAGAAAUUUUGUAUGGCUUAUUGAAAGGAGAGAAAGAUUAAAACCUCGUUUUUCAAUUUCUA